AUGAUUUUGCAGCUUACCACCAAGCACGCCCACUAUAUGGACAGAGCAAGCGAUCCGACCACGAUGAGCGUUAACACCACCACACCUUUCCCUGGCAUUUUCACCUCCAGUGUCACUCCUGCAAACUUGGCAUGGGACACUUACAACUACUGCAACGCACCUCACGUUAGCGCCAAACACUACAAGCGUCCGACUCAAGCUCAAGAUGCCAAGCUUGUCUUCCUCACCGUCGUCCAACGCCAUCACAAACGUACACCAGACAACCUGUACCCGAACGAAAACAUCUUCAACCCUGCUUCCGGCUGGGAUUGUAGCAAUUACCACCAGAUUUCCUACUCGGUCGGUGCUAAGCACGACUCCAACGUUAAGGGACAUGCAAUCUAUCGUAAGAUCGAAAAUCCUUUCUGGCAUCCGCUCAACAGUAUCAUCUGGAACGGCACGUGCGAUCAGGGCAUGCUGACGGCUGACGGGCUGCGCGACAGCAUCCAGCACGGUCGUGACUUUUGGUCCGUCUACGGUCCUCAGGGUGUAAAUGCCUUGCUCCACCGGGGUAUCAAUGAGAAGGAUGUCUACUUCAGAACAUCCAACAGUGAUAGAACAUAUCAAGUGAGCGGUGGACUGAUCCAAGGUAUGGAUGGCUGGACGAGCCCUGGAAACUUUCCCGUUCACACUCAACCGAGCAACAUGGACGAUAUUGUUCCCAACUACAGCUGCAGCUACGCCGAUGGCUUCCGAACCGCCGAACAGAGCUUACCAGCAUGGACAGACCAUCUGAAUUCGAAAUCUCAGCUGUUCGCCGCGCUCAACAGCGUGGUAGGUACCACUGAGCAGAGCGGAUGGAACAGCUGGAUCGACCACCACUUUGAUGCCCUGGCUUCGCGACAGUGUCACGCCCACCCGCUGCCCACCAACCCUUCGACCAAUGCUACUAUCUCACAGGAGCUCGCUAAUCAGGCCUACAAUGAAGGUCAUUGGGAGUACGACUACAUCUGGAACUCCGGCUCCGGCGCCGAUGACUACGUCAAGUAUGGCUUUGGCGUGUUCAUCCAUGAACUCAGUCGCAACCUCAAGCAGGUGGUCAACGCACAAGAUACGCACAAGUUGAAGUACUACGUCGGACACGACGGAACCAUGGUCAGACUAUACAAGUCGUUGGGCUUGGCUGGUCAGUUUCAAUGGCCCGCCAUGGGAAGCGAGGUGAUCAUCGAGGUGUACGAACAAAAGCGUCAGCAUUUCGUCAGGAUCCUGAAGGACGGCAAGACUAUGCAGACUGUCGUCGACGCUCUGGCUUCGGACGACAGGAGCAAUAUCGACUGGGUGCCUUUGAACAAGGUGAUCAAGUAUCUCGACUCAAGGGUCCCCAAUGACAUUUACUCCAAGUGCGUCUUGCACAAGUAG